AUGGAAGCCGAAGAUGAAUCGUACUAUGUAGAUGAGGUCGAUGAAGUCGAUGACGCCGACGACUCGGCCGGUGCCCCUAUAUUCGAGGUUCCCCCGAGGAAGAUAGUCGCCAUAGAACACCCCUGUGUUAUUCUCAACCUUGAUAAGGGACUAGCUACCUUUGGACCGGACCCGGACUUUCAGAAACUUCUAAUGGACUCGGCAGAGCCUAGCUCAGUUCCCCUAUGGUUCCGACCCGAGAACCCAACGUCAAAGCCCAUCGUAUCACACCAUGCCACCACUAACAACAUCCUGCUCAAGAUCACCGUCCCCAAGAGGACAGGCAGGAAACGAAAGCGAGGAAGCAACGAGCCAUUUACAGGAGAUGUCGAUUUCACAGAUGGCACAUCCUCCAUCUCUGGGACUGAACGAAUCAGCUCCCAGGGUCGACAAGAUUUGCCCAAAUCUAUUCUCCGAAAGAUGCAAGAUAAUCCUGAAGACUAUCAAGUAGAAGCUGUCGGAAAUAUCCACGCUACUCACAGAUAUCGAGGCUUAGCAGAUUUCCAGUUCGCUAACACAAAUCCUUCCUUCUUAACAAAUAUCGCCGAACAUAUGCUUCCAAUGAAAGUCUCAAAACUACGGAGGAUCAAAUUUACCCCUGGUGUAGCCACAGGUCCUGGUCAGGAGAUAAUACCUCCACCACACUUUACAGACCGGGUUAUUGGAUUCAACUACAACUACGAGCAGAACCCGAACACCAAGGUCGAAGGGGACGAAGGGGGGAAGCAGCAGCUCAUCAACAUCCAAGGCAGGAAAAAACACUCGUACGGCCACUUCAUCAACAACAACCAGUACCCCGUACCCGAGAAACCCCGGCGAGAGCCAGCCAUGCAGGUACCAGAGGGGCUCAUGAACCAACUCCAUAAGCUGAUGGAUGAGCGACCCAUCUGGACCCGCCGCGCUAUCCUCAACCGCGUCACGGGCGACUUCUCCGACUCAGUCCUUCGGAUCGCCCUCCAGCUCAUCGGGUACCAAUUCCGCGGCGGGCCCUGGCGCGACGCCUUCAUCAAGUACGGCGUGGACCCGCGCCCCGACCCCAGCUUCCGAAUCUACCAGACGCUAGCGUUCAAACUUGAGCGCAACAUCGUCGGCACCAAGAAGAUUCCCUGGGAAGUCGUGCGCAAGGGCCAGACCAAGAGGCGCUCGCGCGAGAACAGCAACAGCCACCUCUGGAACGGCGAGGAUUACUCUACAGACGGCAAGUUCUGGCAGGUGUGCGAUAUCACGGAUCCGUUCGUGCGUGGGAUCAUCGAUCGCGCGCCUCUGAGGGAUACCUGCGAUUUGAAGGAUUCGGGGUGGUAUCAUAAGGGUACGUGGAGUAAGGUCAAAAUGAUCAUGAAGGUCAAGAUGGUGGCUAUUAAGAGGGGCCGCAUGGGAUCCGACGACGACAGGCCGCAGAGGCCCGGGUUCUUGUAUAAUUCCUUCCUGGAAGAUCGGAUCCGCCCGUUCCCGGAUAUCACGGAUAAGCCGCUGGGCUUGACGCUAGAACCCUUCUUGCGACCUAUGGAGGAGGUCGAUACGAGGUUGUAUAAGCGUCGUCCUCCUACGCAGAAGCAGAAAUCUGGAUCUGGCGUGGCGGAUGGUGUAUCUACGCCCGGUGGGGAUGAUUUGGAGCCGGAUGAUAUGGUUGGUGAGAAUGAUACUGCGACUCCGAUGGAGAAUUCGUGGGAUGUAGAGGAUUUGGAGGGGGAUGAUGAUGCCGAGGGGGAUGCGGAGGAGGAGUAUGGGUAUUAUGAUAAUGGUGAUGGUGAAGAAGACGGAGGCGAAGAUUAUGGAGAGGUAGAUGUCGAAUAG